AUGACAACAUGACAACUUGUUAGGUAGGUGCCUAACCUACCUCUGUUGAAUUUGAGAAUUUUAUUAAGAACACACAGUAAAUUCCGAUUAUUUACCUUCUAUAUUGUUAUAUUAGUUUUUUAGCGGUGAUUAUCAAAUGGAGAAAUCCAUAUUUAUAUUAUUGUUUGUUGCAUCUAACUUUUUUAAUACAAGUGUGGCAGUUAGAGAGUAUAAAAAAGAAGAUGUUUUGAAACUCAGGGAAGAGGUUCGAGAGAUGUUUCAGCAUGCAUAUGACAGCUACUUGCGUUAUGCAUACCCAUAUGAUGAAUUACGUCCUUUAAGUUGUGAUGGCAUGGACACUUGGGGCAGUUACUCAUUAACUCUAAUUGAUGCUCUCGACACAUUGGCCAUCAUGGGCAACUACACAGAGUUUAACAGAGUGGUAGAUAUUUUGCUUAAGAAACAGAACUUUGAUAUAGAUAACAAUGUGUCUGUGUUUGAAACUAACAUCAGGAUUGUUGGAGGACUGUUGAGUGCUCAUUUACUUUCACACAAAACAGGCAUAAACCUAGAACCAGGCUGGCCAUGCAACGGCCCUCUUUUGCGAUUGGCUGAAGAUGUCGCGCAGAGGAUCCUUGCCGCAUUUGACACCACUACAGGAAUGCCGUAUGGCACUAUCAAUCUGAGAUCAGGUGUGCCUCCCGGUGAAACCACGGUCACCUGCACAGCUGGUGUGGGGACUUUCAUUGUAGAGUUUGGGACUUUGAGCAGACUUACUGGUGAUCCAAUUUAUGAAGAGGUUGCAUUGAAUGCAUUGAAAGCUCUGUACCACCACAGAUCUCAGAUUGGUCUGGUGGGGAACCAUGUAGAUGUCAUGACGGGCCGGUGGACGGCGCAAGACGCUGGGAUUGGUGGUGGUGUUGAUUCGUACUAUGAAUAUUUGGUUAAGGGGGCGAUCCUGCUGGAGAGGCCGGAGCUGAUGUCCAUGUUCUCGGAGGCGCGGCAAGCCAUAGACAAGUACCUGAAGAAGGACGACUGGUUCGUGUGGGCCACCAUGCUGCGCGGCCACGUCACGCUGCCGGUGUUCCAGUCGCUCGAGUCCUACUACCCGGGCCUGCUUAGUCUUAUAGGUGAAAGCGACACAGCCAUGAGGAUAAUACACAAUUACCACAGCGUGUGGAAACAAUACGGUUUCACUCCAGAAGUGUACAACCUGGGUACGGGCGAGGCGUCUACGUCUCGGGAGAGUUACCCGCUCAGGCCGGAAUUGAUCGAGUCCAUCAUGUACCUGUACCGUGACACUCGGGACCCUAUAUUACUGCAAAUGGGAGAAGAUAUACUGAGAAGUAUCCAGCACAGCGCGUGGACGCCGUGUGGAUAUGCUACGAUCAAAGACGUACGCGACCAUCGCAAAGAAGACCGAAUGGAGUCGUUCUUCCUCUCAGAAACGACAAAGUACCUCUACCUGCUGUUUGACCCGGACAACUUCAUCCACAACCCGGGGGUGGUGGGCAAGGUCAUUGACACCCCGGGCGGGGAGUGCGUGGUGGACGUCGGGGGGUACAUCUUCAAUACCGAGGCGCACCCCAUCGACCCCACCAUGCUUUAUUGCUGCCAUGAGGCGAGAGAAGGAAUAAAUAUAAGUGAAGUUCAUAGAAUAUAUCAAAUUUUAGAAGAAGAAGACAACUUGCACUUCAUGACCAUGAUUGAAGGCACCUUAAAGAAAAAUGUAACUAAUGAAUCUACUACAGAUGCCAAAGACUCUGCGAGCAACGUAGAUGCAUUAGAAAAAGAAAAUAAUAGUACAAAUGCCCCGAAAGAUCCUAAAAUUGACCAAAAUCAAGUCCUUAUUAAAACUGAAACUAGGACUGGUUACGUUAAUAUAGACGGCACCGAAAGAGAAAAGUCGAAAAACGAAUCUAGUCUAAGAGAUAUAGUGAAAGAACGCAUCAAUAAUUAUUACAACAAUACGCAAUCUCAAGCUGAAAUUGUGGAAGAGUCUACUGUAGAUACAAUAUCCACAGCGGAAGAUGAAAAUGUAGAAGUGGAUGAUAUAAUAGUGCCCCUGAGACCCCAGCUGGCUGAUAAUUUGCAACCUCCUAGCGUGACGCGGUCUAAAGAAGUGUAUAAAUUGUUGCCGAAAGUAUUGCAAGAUUUCUUGAAUAAUGAAUGGAAGACGAAACCCAAAUGCGAGCCGCAAAGAAUUUUGGAAAGAAUAAGAAAGGAGAAAAGGUACCCAGAUCAUCCUGACGUCCACAACUAUAAGUUGUUGCUGACGCCGGCGCCCUCCUUCCUGCAGAGGAUAUCACUCGCUGGCGAAUUUUUAAGUAAAAAACAAUUAGAAAUGUGAUCUUAGAUAUUAAGAAGUGUAUUUAUUGUUUAUUCCAUUUAUGUUUUAAUAAAAGACUGAUCAGGA